GAGAGUUUGCAACAGUCGCCGCUGUCGUCGACAAUAGUAAGGUGUGUGCUUGUGCCUUUUACUCAAAUCUUUCGUCGUUUCCAACAAAUUUUACAUUCAACGUUUAAAAAAAUGUUCACUACCCACAGUGAAGCUACACAGCGAUUGCGGGGAUGAAUUGACAGUUUCGAGAGAAGGAAGGAAGAAAUUGCAGAAGAAAAGAGCGCGUUAAACGCGGAUCAUUGGCCGGUGCGGAGAUGUUGGUCGUUUGAUCGUCGCUCGAAGUCAAUGUCGAGAUACACGGUCGCAGGUAGUCGCCCUCUACUACGCUCGUACGUAAGAUCGGUCUGUGCGUGUAUGGUGGUUGGUAGUAGUCGCGACGCUGCCGAGAGCAGCUGAAGUGCGUGCACGUCGUUCUUCGUGAUCUGGUCGUACGCGGUGUGUGAUUCGUUUCGUGUCGAAAUUUUUGGCGAUCACGGCGAGAAAGUGCCAGGGAGGGAUUAAGAAUCAAAGAAGUUGGGUGUGACUCGCGAUGUGACAAAACUGCGCCGAUCUUGGCGGGACGAUGGAAGACCGUGCGAGCGCACGUUGAACCGAGCAAGCGGGGAGAGGAUCGGCAACAAUGGGACACUUGUCUGGGAGGGUAGAACACGAGAAGAAGGAGCGGUCGUUGUAAGAGGGUGGUUGCCAUGGCGAGGUGGAAAUGGAUCGUCCCGUUGUUCGCGGUCUUCUGGACUCUGACCGACGCGUACCUGGCGGUGCUGUCCUCGAGCACGCCCGCCGGCAGCGUGGUUUUCGAGGCAGGUGUACCGCAGCUGGGCGGUCGUCGGAAGUACGAAGUAUCGAACGAGAGGACCGCCUGGUUUGCGAGGAAGUUGCUCAAGGUGCAUCCUCACACCGGCCGCGUCACGUUGGCGCGACCUUUGAGCUGCGACGGCCUUCAAUAUCCACGAAUAUUCACCUUCUACGUGGACUCGACCAGUUCUAGACUGGGCAGACCAACGAUCGACUAUUACAGCCUGCCACUUAGGAUUCUAAUCACCGGCUGCGGUGGAGAGAAUCGAGAUCUAGCCGCUACUAGGGGAUGGAUGGCGGAGACUUUAGCUUCCUACGCUAUGCCCAGUACCGAGAGGUUCACCGAGGUUUGCCUCAGAACGUCGCAAUUGGUCGCGGCGCUGCGAGACUUCCUUCCGCAAACCGCUCUGAAAGAGUGCGAGACCAGGUGGGGUGGCGUAGCGGAUCCUAGGUUUCUGAUCGAAGGCGCGGCGGGUGACUUGGUCUCGGCAACGGAACAAUGCUUGGUGGAUCCGCUUUGGAAAAUCUCCGUGUCGAUGAAUCUCCGAUGCGGGAUAGAGUCGCGGUUAACCGACGCGGAACAUCGUCUGAAGAUCGUCUUCCAUCACCGUCAGCUGGACGACACGGAUCUGGGCAGACGAGUCCGCAGGGAAUUGAAAAAUCAAUCGCCGUACUUCGAGCAGUCGCUGUACGUAGCCGUGGUCGAGGAAGAGAAAGAACCGGGCACGUACGUGACGUCUGUCAGAGCCAGAGAUCCUGAGGGUGGCACGGUCCGUUAUUCCAUGAGUUCUCUGCUGGACGCCCGGUCACAGGCGUUACUCGUUCUGGAUCCGGUCACCGGGAGGGUCACUACACGCGCCAGAUUGGACAGAGAGAGCGUGGACGUUCAUUACUUUCGGGUACUCGCCGUGGACGAUUCGUUCCCUCCGAGAACGGGCACCACCACGUUGCAAGUGAACGUCCUCGAUACGAACGAUCACGCGCCAACGUUCGAGUGGCCAGAGGACGAGGCUUCCAUCAGAGAAGGUGUACCAGUUGGUUACACGGUUGUCACUGUCAAAGCUACCGACCAAGACGCAGGCAGAAACGCCGAAGUCGAGUAUUCCAUCUUAUCCACGACUAGCGGCAGCGGGACUGCAAACGCCGACGACGCGCUGACUUUCAGAAUAGAUCCGAGGACCGGCGUUGUUACGACGCGCGCGCCGCUCGACAGAGAGAAAACCGAGGUGUACACGGUCGUGCUGAGCGUCUCCGAUCAGGCGACACCCCCUUCCGCGCGAAAAACCGCGAACGCGACGCUGGUGGUCCGCGUGCUAGACGACAAUGAUAAUUACCCACAGUUCACCGAACGUACCUAUUCCGCCUGGAUACCAGAGGAUCUGGAUUACACGGCGAAUCCGGUGAUAGCGCGUAUACGCGCCACGGACGCGGAUUCGGGGAACAACGCCGCCGUUCGGUACGCCAUCAUCGGCGGAAACACUCAGAAUACUUUCGCCAUAGACUCGAUGAUCGGUGACGUUGCUCUCGUCAAGCCCCUGGAUUACGAGUCGACCAGAAGCUACAAAAUAGUUAUACGCGCUCAAGACGGUGGUUCACCGGCCAGAUCCAACACCACGCAGUUAUUAGUGCACGUGGGCGACGUUAAUGACAACGCACCGCGAUUUUACACCAGCCACUUUCAAGAGUCUGUCUCGGAGAACGUGCCUAUAGGGUACUCGAUGCUGAGGAUACAGGCGUACGAUGCUGACGAGGGCGCGAACGCUCAGAUAAAAUACACUAUAGGGGCGCGUGACUUCUCCGGAGCUUCCACGGAGAACUUUCCCAUAACCGUUAACACGGAGACCGGAUGGAUUUACACGACAAAACAGCUCGAUCGCGAGCAAUGUUCCAGGUACCAAUUCACCGUGAUUGCCACGGACUCUGGCGAUGUACCAAAAUCUGCGAGCGCCACUGUGAUACUCACCGUGACCGACGUGAACGACAACGAUCCCCACUUUGACCCUAAGAACUACGAGGCUGUGGUCUCCGAGGACGAUCCACCGGGCACUCCCGUCACCUCUGUCACGGCGACCGAUGCCGACGAGGACGCCAGGAUACAUUACGAGAUCACAGCUGGUAACACGAGAGGCCGAUUCUCGAUCGCGUCUCAGAACGGACGUGGUCUGAUAACGGUGGCUCAACCGCUCGACUACAAGCAGGAAAAGAGAUUCGUUCUCACCGUCACGGCCUCGGACAGUGGCGGUAGAACCGACACGGCUCUCGUCUACGUGAACGUCUCGGACGCCAAUAAUUUCGAGCCGGUGUUCGAGAACACGCCCUACGCCGUGUCGUUGUUCGAAGACGCGCCGAUCGGCACAACGGUUUUGGUCGUCAGCGCGACUGAUUCAGACGUUGGGAAAAAUGCUCAGAUCACCUACAGCUUGGGCACCGAUGGCGGGGAGUCGGCAUCCGAGUUCACCAUAAAUCCGCAAACGGGAGCCAUCACGACUACUCGCACGUUGGAUCGUGAACUCGUGCCCGGUUACUUUUUAACUGUUACAGCGAGAGACGGAGGCGUGCCGCCUUUGUCCGACACUAUCAACGUGGAAAUAUCCGUGACGGACGUGAACGACAAUGCUCCCGUCUUCGAAGCUCCACAGUACCAAGGUUCCGUCCCGGAGGACGUGGCAGGUGGCACUAGCGUUUUGAGAGUUUCUGCCACCGACGCGGACACGGAUCUGAAUGGGAGAGUGAGGUACGCGCUGGAAGACGACGGAGACGGCGCGUUUGCCGUAGACUCGACAACAGGCGUGAUCAGAACAGCCAAACCAUUGGACAGAGAAUCGGUCGCGAUGUACACUUUGAAGGCAGUCGCGAUGGACAGAGGAUCACCGUCCCUGUCGACGGUAGUGCCGGUGACGAUUAAAAUACAGGACGUGAACGACUCGCCACCGGCAUUCGAGAACGACAAGAUCGUCCUUUAUAUAGCUGAAAAUUCACCGAUCGGCUCGACCGUCGGCGAAAUUUAUGCGCACGACCCGGACGAGGGACCAAACGCGGUCGUGCAGUAUUCCGUGAUAGGAGGGGAAGACUCGAACAGUUUCGCCCUGAAUGUCAGAUCAGGCGCGGACCGAGCGGAAUUGAUCACGCUCGAGGAAUUGGACUACGAGUCGCCGAAGAAGAAGUUCGAGUUGGUCGUGCGUGCCGCCUCGCCUCCUCUCAGAUCGGACGCACUGGUUCAGAUAUUGGUGACCGACGUGAACGACAACGCGCCCGUGUUGAAGGACUUUCAGAUCAUAUUCAACAAUUUCAAGGACUUCUUCCCGACUGCCCCAAUAGGCAAGAUACCAGCCGUCGACGCGGACGUCACCGACAAAUUAACGUACAUCGUGCUCGCCGGCAACAACGCGAAUUUAAUCGACUUGAACAGAACCACCGGCGAAAUCCGGCUGUCGCCGCAGCUGAACACGAACGUGCCACGUGUCGCGACGAUGGAGGUGUCCGUCACGGAUGGUAUCAACGAGGUCAAGGCCACGAUGACUCUCUCGGUGCGCUUGAUCACCGAUAAAAUGCUCCUCAACUCAAUCACCGUUAGAUUAGACGACAUGACGGCCGAGGCUUUCCUCAGUCCUCUGUUAGGAUAUUUUCUGGAUGGUUUGGCAGCCAUUAUCCCAUGCCCCAGAGAGAAUAUCUUUCUCUUUAGCAUACAGGAGGACGCGAACGUGAACGGGAAGAUCUUGAACGUGAGCUUCUCCGCGCGGAAAGUCGAGCCAGGCGUGACGGACGAGUUUUACAGCCCGCAGUUUCUUCAAGAACGCGUGUAUCUGAACAGGGGUAUACUGGCGAGACUGGCAACGGUUACGGUGUUGCCCUUCGACGACAACCUUUGCGUCAGAGAGCCGUGCUUGAAUUUCGAGGAAUGCCUGACGGUGUUGAAAUUUGGGAACGCUUCUGGAUUUGCGAGCAGCGACACCGUAUUGUUCAGGCCUAUAUAUCCGGUGACAACGUUCGCGUGCAGAUGCGCGAAGGGUUUCACCGGUAGCAAGGAGUCCUACUUGUGCGACACGGAGGUUAAUUUAUGUUACUCGAAUCCGUGUAUGAACGGCGGCACUUGUUACAGAAGGGAAGGUGGAUACGCGUGUUCCUGCGGCCCGGAAUUCACCGGGAGAAACUGCGAGAUCUCGUUGGAUAAGGAUUCGUGCGCCCCAGGAAUCUGCAAGGGAGGUUCCCAGUGCGCUGUGAAGACGGCAGGCGGCUUUACCUGCGAGGGUUGCCCGGUGAUAUCUCUGGAGAACGUGACACCACUUUGCGAGCUUAGAGCUCGCAGUUUCGGACCGGCGACGUUUCUCACGUUCGCGUCUCUGAAGCAAAGGCACCGACUGCACGUGAAACUGAGAUUCGCCACGGAAGCGGCGAAUGGUCUUCUGCUCUACAACGGUCGGUACAACGAGAAACACGACUUUAUAGCUUUGGAGGUAAUCGACUCCGAGGUACAGUUCAGCUUCUCGCUCGGCGACGAGAUCACGCGAGCCAGUGCCAGCGUACCCGGUGGGAUUUCCGACGGUCAAUGGCACGAGGUGGAGGUCUAUUACAUAAACAAAACUGUAACGAUCUCACUGGACAACUGCGACGUUGCUCUAGCUUUGGAAUACAGCGAGAGACUCGGGACGAAAUGGUCCUGCGCGGGUAGAAGCGAGCAAGUGUUGGAAGAGCGUUGCAGCAUCGUCACCGAGACGUGUCAUCGUUUCUUGGAUCUGACAGGGCCGCUGCAACUCGGCGGUCUACCUGCCAUACCGUCUAGCUUUCGCAUCAGAAACAAGGACUUCGUCGGUUGCAUCACCGACCUGUACAUCGAUCAUAUUUUCGUCGAUCUGAAUUCGUUCGUAGCCGACAACGGUACCAACCCUGGUUGCCCGGAGAAGAUCUCCUUCUGUUCAUCGACACCGUGCAAGAACAACGGCAAGUGUCGAGAGAUAUGGUCCGGUUUCGUUUGCGAGUGCGAGGAAAACUUUGCUGGGCCUACCUGUGCCGACGAGGUUGGCAAACCGUGGAACUUCCACGGCGACGGGAUGCUCAGCUUUAAUCCUCUGUUAAGGCCCAUUCAGCUCCCAUGGUUAACGGCCCUCAGUCUGCGAACGCGAUCCAAGCAGGCGUUCGUCAUGAGCGUGCAAAUAGGGCAGAACAGUUCCGCGUUGCUCGAGAUCCGAGAUGGUAAACUAAUUGCCCUGUUAGACGGCACGGAUAUCGUGCAAACGUGGAACGACGUCGGCGACGGCGAAUGGCACAGGGUGGAGAUCGUCUGGCAGAGUGGCCAGGUUUCUCUCGACAUCGACUAUCGGAACAGACCGGUAUCGUCGCCGUUACCAGCGAAAUUGCAGGGUCUGUACAUCGGUAGGAUCCUCGUCGGUGGACCGGAACCAUCGACGAACACCGAGCUACCGUACUUCGACGGCUGCCUGCAGGAUAUUCGUAUAGGCAGCAACCAGAGCAUACUGUUGAGGCCAACCGUACAGGAGAACGUCGCGACCGGCUGCAGCUCGGAGGCCGAGUGCAACGUCGACUGUCCGGAGGCAUCGAUCUGCGUCCCGAAGUGGCAGGCAGGCGAGUGCGUUUGCGCGACAGGUCGCGUUGGACGUGACUGCGAGCCUGUUUGCGAUUUGAAUCCCUGCAACAACACCGGAGCCUGCGUCGAGGACACAGCGUCUCGCAGGGGUUACAGAUGCGAGUGUAACUCGCCAGAGUACUCCGGCGACUAUUGCGAGAUUAAAGCUGACCAACCGUGCCCGGCAACUUGGUGGGGUUCGCCCGUGUGCGGGCCUUGUCAUUGCGACGAGUCCAAGGGCUACGAUCCCGCGUGUAAUAAGACCACGGGCGAAUGCUACUGCAAGGAAAAUCACUAUCAACCCUCUGGUAAGAAAGAGUGCAUUCCUUGCGAGUGUUACGCCACCGGAAGCUUCGGCCCUCGCUGCGACACCGAGACUGGACAGUGUCGGUGCAGAGUUGGGGUCAUCGGACGAUCUUGCACAGCGUGUCCUAAUCCAUAUGCCGAGGUCACCCUUCGUGGCUGCGAGGUAGUGUACGACGGGUGUCCUAGAUCCUACGCGGAGGGUCUGUGGUGGCCGAGGACCAAGUUCGGAAUGAUUGCCAUCGAGGAUUGCCCUGGCGUGGCCGAGGGAAAGACUUCUAGAUCAUGCGACGACAAACUGGGCGGGUGGCAGGAACCUGAUCUCUUCAAUUGCACUUCAGAGGCGUUCAUCGAGCAAAGGCACCAGCUAGCCGCGUUAGAAACCAAGGAUCUGACGUUGAACACUUACGUCGCCGUUAAAAUAGCGAAGGAUGUUCACAGAGCGGUGAACGUGACCAAAGAAUUGUACGGUGCCGACUUGUUGAUCGCUGAAUCUCUUCUAGCAGCGUUGUUGCAGUACGAAGAGAGUUUGGUCGGAUUGAACUUGACCCACAGUCAAGAUAAAGAUUACGUCUCUCAUCUGGUCGGAAUCGCCAGCCACAUUUUGAAAUCCAAAUAUUUGGAAAAGUGGUCGAGAAUUGAGACUCUCAACGGCGACGCUCCUGACAAGAUAUUGGACGCGAUGGCGAACUAUUUAAAGACCCUGACUGCGUCUCAGCAUGAUAUUUUUACCAAUCCUUUCGAAGUAGUCGAUGCUAAUGUCGUAUUGGGCCUGGACAUAGUAACUUCUGAAAGUCUAUUCGGAUACGAGACGGCGGAAUACUUGGAAGACCCAUCAGCGUCUACGAUAAGGCCAACUGAAGCGGAUCAGAAAGUCGUCUUGCCCGAUACCUCUGCGUUCUUGUCGUCACCUGCCCAUUUCGGCCCGUCGAUUACCUUCCCAAAGUAUAACAAUUACAUGGCCGAUCCAAACAGAUUCGAUCCCUAUUCAAAGAUACGAGUGCCUCUUAACGUGCUAGGCAUAAAACCUUUGAUACAAGGGGAGUUAAACGUUAAGAAAAGUUUGGUCAAUCGGAAGGCUGUGUUGAGUUACGUGCAAUAUAAACAAUUGGGUGCCCUACUGCCUCAAAGAUUUGACGAUUCCGUAGCUGUUAGAUGGGGCGUGGAAGUAGCGGUAGCUUCGCCAGUCGUGACAGUAUCCGUUUUAGUUCCUUCCGACAACGGUUACGAGUCUCUGACUGGAAUUCCCCUCCAAUCCCCAGUUCAAAUUAGUCUCUGGCUUAGCGAGAAGGAUGAAUUUAAGACUAGAACCAAUCCGCAAUGUGUACAUUGGAGCACGAUCAGAGGAGUCGGCGAAUGGAGUCGAAUAGGUUGUACCACAGAGAUUGAGGAUGAUUCCUUGUCAUUCGGCACUAUUGUAAACUGCUCCUGUUUCCAAUUGUCCACUUUCGCAAUAUUGACGGACGUACUCGAUCCGGAGUACGUUCCAGAACCGUCCUUGCUUGAAGAUGUAACAAGCUACAGCGCGUUCAUGCUCGCGUUGCCUUUGCUGUUGUCUGCCUUACUCAUUCUGGCCUUGAUACGAGGCGGUGGUACAAAUUCAAAUAGCAUUCACAAAAAUCUGGUAAUGUGCGUUUUCGUCGCCGAAGUGCUUUACUUGGUCGCGCUCAAAGCGAGAAGCCCCCUAGUCUCGAAUGAGUUCCCAUGUAAACUGACGGCAAUUGGUUUGCACUAUGCCUGGUUGAGCACAUUCUCGUGGACUUUGGUAGACUCUAUUCAUCUCUAUCGGAUGCUCACCGAAAUGAGAGACGUGAAUCAUGGACAAAUGAGGUUCUACUAUACGAUGGGAUACGGCGCUCCAGCUAUCAUCGUUGGACUGACUAUUGGAGUCAGAGCUGAUCAAUACGGAAACUUUUAUUUCUGCUGGUUGUCAAUUUAUGAAACUGUGAUCUGGUCUUUGAUUGGCCCAGUUUGUCUGGCUGUCUUGGUGAAUUUCUGUAUUCUCGUCAUGUCAGUACGAGCGGCUUUCACGCUAAAAGAACACAUUAUGGGUUUUGGGAACUUAAGAACGUUGCUCUGGCUAUCGGUAGCUUCGUUACCUCUUCUUGGGUCUACGUGGACUCUGACAGUUCUCAAUGCCUCCGAAAAUUCUCCAACACUGUCAUACCUGCUUAGUAUAGCAGUAGUUGUUCACGCGUCAUUUAGCUUGAUUGGAUAUUGCUUCAUCAACGGCAGAGUACGAAGAAAUCUGUAUUUGAGUCUGUUAAGGUGUAUUGGAAAAAAGACGCCUUUGUUAGAAGGAAGCAUGGGGAACGGAAGCAGCAGUCAGAAUGUAAAUGGUCACUCACGAUCCGCGUUGGCUUAUUCAUCGACGUAUAGUGGGGCAGAGUCCGUAUGUAGGAGAGUACACGUAGGAGUCUCAACGAGUAGUACAACCUCACGAAGUACAAAUAAGACUGGAUCCAGUCCCUAUCGUAGCGAUACACAUUUGAGGCAUACAUCAACAUCCACAAGCAAUUAUAAUAGCGACAGAGAUCCCUAUAUGUCUUCUAGGAGUCAUCGAUCAACGUUACACUCUAGACAAGAAGCGACAGAACCAAGGAAUCAACGUAGAGAUUCCGAAUCGGAUUCAGACGGCUCCCAAGCGGAAGGUGGAGGAAGGAGUUUAGAUCUAGCGAGUUCACACAGCUCCGACGAAGAAGAUGUCACGUCGAGAUCGCACAGGAACAUGGGCGUUUCGACGCAACAACCCGUCGCGCACAACUACUUGCCUAAUAUUCACACCAAUCCCACCGAACACUUGAACAUACUUUGCUCAAACACAGAACUAUUCCCGAACAUUAAACCUAUUUAUGCACCUAGGUGGAGUUCUCAAUUACCAGAAGCAUAUUUAUCGUCAAAUGUAAUAGACGUGCGCGGAAGUCAAUGGUCCGGAGGCACCAUGUCCGACAACGAAAUGGCCUCGAACAAAACCUCCAGUCCAAAUCCGCUGCCUUACCCUGAAAUGAACUCGCCUCAGAAAAGUCAACCGGAUGAAAAUUACUCGGAAGGGGAAGAGAAGCUUCAUCAUCUCGGAGAGAAAUACUUGUUUCCAUAUACCGCCGAAGAAGAUCACACUGUCUCGCCUACUCCUUACAUGCUACCCAUUUCAUCGCGCAUUCUCGCCUCCAGCAUGAGCCACCAUUCGCAAAAUUCAAACCACGAGAAUUUGAGCGGCUCGGAGCGGUAUGGAAGUUUGAAGAGGGGGCAGAGUUUACACGGUUCUCAGCACGAUAAUCUCAGCGGCUCGGAGAGAUACGGUAGCUUAAAGCGCGGCAAGAUUACACCGACCGUGCUAGAAGAUUCACCGGAGUAUAUUCUACCCAUGAGCGGUAGAAUAUUGUCUAGUUCGCUGACUCACGAUUUACAGCAUAGCAAUGAAUUGGCUGCGCUUAGACAGCAGCAACAGCAGCAAUACGAACAAACCAUUACAGAGACCGACGAAGAGGUAAGCGUUCUGCAGGAAUAUUACACAUUUCUAAGAGUAUUUAUUAAAAACUUUGUUAAAGACCGAAUGUCAUGCUGAAUUCGAAACUUUAAUGAACACUUUGUCAUUUUUCUUUUCUUUGUGAUUGUUUCAGGAAGGAUACUAAUGCGGAAACGUCAGUAUGACGAUCUCUGUUCUACAAAUAAACACCGUACAAAGUAAUAUAACGUACUAUUAACUUAAAACUCAAAUGAUUAAAUAUAUAUAUAUAUAGAUAGAUAUAGAUAUAGAUAUAUAUUUCUUAGAGUGUUACUACUCUAAGGUAUAUUUUAAGAGCGGCCAUGACUGUACUUACAAAGCUAGCCAUAUGGAUUAGUAUGUAUGUAUGAGUGCCUGUACGUAUAUAUGCAUACGCUUGUUGGUAUUUCGUUUCGUGUGAUUCCAGCUUCUGUUCGGAAGCAAUUCUUUCGGCUUCUUCAUUGCGAUAACCGUGAUGAGAUAUCGGAAGACAUAUGAUCUCUAGUUCAUUUCAUCAUGUAAUUAAUAUCACUUUCCCUAGUACCUUAAUUUCUAAGCUCAGUAUUGUGCAAUGUGUAUACAUUCCAAUUUCAUUUCAUAUGUAUUUAGGUUCUAUUUUCUUUCCUCUUUCUUUCUUUUUUCCUUUUUUUUUUUUUUUUUUUAAGAAGUUUACAAUGUUUUAUAUAUGGAAAAAGCGUACAACUGUGCGGCGCAAUUUUCAUAGUUUUGUAUAUAUUUAUAUGAAAAAAAUGUGACAAAAUACAUAAUUUAUACAUAUUCCUCA